UGUUUCCAACGACUCCUAUGUCCAAUAUCCAAUAUCGGAAACAGCUACAUUCUGCCAAUGAGCCGUGGCAAAGGUUAGUGUGAACGCUUUACGAGACUUCCAGAGUCAAUGAAGUUGUGUGCUGUGAAGGAAGCGGCAGCUGGUGUUAACAAUCGUUGAAAGAAGCGUUAAACGGAUAAUUAAUUGUGUGACAGCGUUUAUCAUUCGGAUAACCAAUUGGGCUUGGAAAAUAUAGGAGAAGCGCUUCCUAUGUCUUUAUCAAAAGUUACAUGGAAAUGAAAAUACUGGAAAUAAAGUUUACGCAAUUUAAAAAUAGUGCUUUGCUUCAGGAAAUGUGAAUUUGUAUGACUUUCUCAGGAUUUGUGGUGAAUUACAACGGAACAUAACUGCAAUGCAUUACGAGCAUUAUUCAACACAAGCGGGAGGUUUAAUUGUACUAAUGGAGUAAAAAGAAUGCGUUUUGGCUAUACUAAACACAAGGAAUCGAACAUGAUAUAUUAAAGGUAGUUUCAUAUUAUACACAAUGUAAGACCAAAGCGCGUUGUCAUAUGUCCCAAAUUGUAUGGUUGAAAUUAUAACAGUAUGUGAGGGUUAACUCAUUAUGAUAUUAAUAAAUAAUUUACGCCGGAUUUAUUCCACCAGUACAUCAGCAAUCGUCUUUGUCUCGUACCUUUUUGCAAAUGUCGUUGUUUUGCUGACCGCUGCGGUGGACUAUGUAGCUGAUUACGAAGGUCCAACGUACUUCAUCCCUCAGCCCAACAACGUUUCCUACCAAGCCGGAUCAACUGCCACCCUAACCUGCUCUGUCGAAAACUUAGGAAAUAAAUUUAUUGUUUGGCGCAAGACGGCCGAGCCGCACCCUAUAUCAGUAGGGAACAUGAUAUAUGCACCAGAUACCCGCUACGAAGUGGCAUUUGCGCCUGAGCGACGGGAGUUCAAUUUGGUGAUACGAGCGGUGACUCAAAAUGACGCGGGUGUAUACGAAUGUCAAGUCAGCUCAAGAGAUAAACUCGUAAGGCACGUAUUGCUGCGGAUAGAAGUCGCGAUAAGGAAUCCGGAUUACACCAUACCAGAAAUUCUCCUGUCAGGGAAUGAGUACGUAAAUACUGGUGAUACAAUUCGACUUGUGUGCAAAGUUACUGGAACUUCAGAUAUACCUCAGGACGUAGACUGGUUUAGAAACGGACAUUUGUUACGCUCGAUAUCAAACAAAAUACUCAUAUCUAAGGAGACGUCUAUGGCACGACGUAAAUUAGACAGCGUUUUAGAAGUGCGGUAUAGCAAACUCGAGGAUUCCGGUGAAUACGUGUGCAGAAAUUCAGAAAUUCUUAUUGCCAGCCAGAAAGUGAUUGUCCUCAAUGAGGGCGAUUCAAAUAUGGGUAAACGAGGCGCUGGUGCGGAAGCAACAAGUGGUCAAAUUUGCAAAAGACAGUGGUGGUCACUAAUUAUACUAAUGUUUCUUGCAAAGGCUGUGACUGAUAUUAUUGUGUACAAAAGCUGACAAACGAUGGAAACGUUUAAUUAACGGGUUGCAAAUUUACAUUCCAUGAUAUUCAUAAACACACUCAUGUGAAACUAUUUUUGCACAUUUCCAUUGUAAAUAAAUAUCAUUUUUAUUAAUUUUGUAUAUGAAAUACACUAUAUAUGCAUAUUUGUUCUCAAAGUAAAUAUUUCCUAUGAUGGGAAAUAUUGUAAAUGCAAAAAAUUUGAUUAACUCUUCAAUUGAACAUAUUUUCACCAAUGAAUUAUGGUGGGAAGAUUUCUUAGCGCAUGCAAUUUUUGUCUAAUUUGGUCAUAAGGGCAUACAUGACUUAGUAUGUGCUUGUUUUUGCAAAAAUGAUUUCUGUGUGUAUGUGUAUUACCGUAAAACGCUGUAAUAAUGGUAGAUUAAAAAAACAACAAUAGUUUGUAUGUUGAAAUGAUCACAAGAUGUGAUUAUUCUUAUAAUUUUAUGAUGAGCAUUUUGUGUUUAAAUGAGACACAGUGUUAUUUUUCCUUGUAGUUACAUGUGCCCAAAUACACGGUU